AUGGCAACAACAAAUACAAGUGCAAUUGCUAGCAUUGUCAAUGGAAAGAGAACAGAAGCUAAUUUUGAAAACUGGAAGGAAUGCAUGAAAGACUACUUGAUAGGUCAAGGCUUAUGGAGUGUAGUGAUUGGAGAGGAAGCAAAACCCAAAGAAAAUGAUCCCAACUUCAAGGAUUGGAUCAAGAAAAAUGCUAUGGCUUUACAUGCCAAUAGAACUUCUUGCGAGGAAGAUACCAUUUCAAAUUUGAUGAGAAUGUACCCCAAUCAAGUUGAUUCUGCCAAAUUUGUUUGGAAGCGCUUGGCCGAAAAGGCCUCCACACUUAAGCACUACAAGGAAGAAGAUAUAGCACUGCGUCUGCUGAAGGAGAAGGAGUAUCGACGACUCGGUUUUAUGGAGGAUUUUAAUAGAAAGUGUCCUAUAAAGUUGUUGGCUAAGAAAAGUACAGUAUUUCUAAGUGGAAGUAACCUUAGAUUUUGAAACCGAGGGUUAUACUCUUGUAAGUACA